AUGUCAUUAAAAGAGGUUUUAUUAUCAUUCCUUCAGAUCAUUCCUGAUCUAAUCACAUUGACGGUUCAAAUCAUUGGUUGUCUAUUAUUCUCCUUUAUUUCACCGUUACUUCAUCUGAUCAAUUUAUUCAAAGUUAAACAAUUCCCUUCACCUAAAACAAUAGUUAUAACUGGAGCAUCAAGUGGAAUUGGAAGAUCAUUGGCAAUUCAAUAUGCUGAUAAAGGAAAGGUUAUUGCCAUUACCGGUAGAAACAGAGAUAGAUUAAAUGAAGUUGCCAAGAAAAUAGCUGACAAGGGUGCUAUCGUUGAGAUUGGUGAAUUUGAUGUAAGCAAUCGUUCAGAGAUGUCUAGAUGGUUACUUUCACUAGACAAGAGAUCUCCAGUCGAUCUUGUCAUUGCAAAUGCCGGAACAAGUGAAUUUGUACUUGGUGAUGAAGCUGGCACCUUUGAAGACAGAUCCUAUCAAAUUGUAGAAACCAAUGUAUUGGGUGUCCUCAAUACAAUCAAUCCACUCCUUCCAAUCAUGAGACAAAGAAAACAUGGUCAAAUUGUAAUCGUUGGUAGUAUGUCUACUUAUUUCUGUCAUGUACUUGCUCAUUAUGUUGCUUCUAAAUGUUGGGUACAUGGAUUAGCAACAACUCUUAGAAAGGAGUUGGUUCAUUAUGGAGUUGGAGUUACACUAUUGACACCUGGAUUUGUUCAAACUGGUAUGACCACUUCAUUACCAUCGUCCAUCAAGACACCAAUGAUUAUAACGGCCGAUCAAAGUGCUGCCAUCUUUAAACAAGGUAUCUCUGAGAACCGUGCACAAGUCAUCGACAAUUUUGGAACAUCUCUUAUUGGUACUAUCGUCCAACGUGUUCCAUUGAAUCUUAAAGACGCCUAUCAUGUCAUUGCCGAGUAUAUCUAUCCAUCUGGAGAAUACGAUAUCUUUGCUAAAUCUGACCCCUCUUCAUCGUCUGUUCCUCCAACCACCACUAGCGCUAAAAAAAAUCAAAUUUAA